CUUCUUCAUCCUCUGUACAUAACACAAUAAAUCACUAUUUGUGCCUUAAAGCUUGCUAGCAAAAUGGCCCCCUUGUUACGUACCCUCUUCUUUGUUGCACUCUCCAUUCUUUCUCUCCUUGCUUGUUUUACCAAUGCACAACUUUCUACCAACUUUUAUGAUAAAACUUGUCCUAACCUUCAAACCAUUGUGAAAAAUGCAAUGCAGCAAGCUAUCAAUGGAGAAGCCAGGCUUGGAGCCUCUAUACUUCGAUUGUUCUUCCACGACUGUUUCGUGAACGGCUGCGAUGCAUCAAUCUUAUUGGAUGACACUACCACGUUUGUGGGUGAGAAAAAUGCAUUACCUAACCGAAAUUCAGUGAGGGGUUACGAAGUGAUUGACACCAUUAAAACCAACGUUGAAGCUGCUUGCAAUGGCACGGUCUCUUGUGCAGAUAUUCUAGCACUUGCAGCAAGAGAUGGAGUAGUUCUGGUUGGAGGACCUUCAUGGGCAGUAGCACUAGGCAGAAGGGAUGCAAGAACAGCAAGCGAGAGUGCAGCCAACAACGAAAUCCCUUCACCAUUCUUGGACCUUCCCACACUCGUGUCCAUGUUCGCCGCCAAAGGGUUAAGCGCACGUGACCUCACGGUGCUCUCCGGUGGCCACACCAUAGGCCAAGCACAGUGCCAAUUUUUCAGAAGUCGCAUAUACAACGAGACCAACAUUGACCCCAACUUUGCCGCAUCAAGAAGAGCCAUUUGCCCUGCCUCUGCUGGGGACACCAACUUGUCCCCUCUUGAGUCUCUCACUCCCAAUCGCUUUGACAACAGCUACUACUCUGAGCUUGCGGCUAAGCGUGGCCUUCUCAACUCGGACCAAGUGCUUUUCAAUGACCCUUUGGUCACAACAUAUAGUACCAAUAAUGCUGCUUUUUUCACUGACUUUGCUGAUGCUAUGGUUAAGAUGAGCAAUAUUAGUCCUCUCACUGGGACUAGUGGUGAGAUUCGAAGGAAUUGCAGAGUUCUGAAUUGAUCAUCGAGAGUUAUUUAUUCCACCUUAACAUCUAUUAUUAAUAGUAUCAAAUUUAUUUUACUUUAAUAAAUUUAUCAUCAUAAUUUGUGAUCAAAUAAUAAUAUAAAAAAUUAUAUACUAUUGAUA